AUGUCGAAGGUCACAUUCGCCAUCAUCGCCGCGGGUGGUGCAGCAGCCGGCGCAGCAGCAACAGCUGCCUUCUACUCGACCAAGAAGGAUAGCCUGCCACCCACACCAGUAACCACCACAGCCACCACCAUCACCGGCCCACCGCGACCAGCACCGGUCCCCGCCUUUCCUUCCACUCCCGCGCCCGCCGCCGCAUACCGCACACCCCUCGUCGACCCCAACGGCCUCUUCCAAUAUGGCUUCCCCGGCCCUGUCAACGACCUCCGCCCAGCCGCCUCGCUCACAUCUGCCUAUGACCGCGAGAGGCGCAACCCAGCCUGGGUAGCCGAGCACAUCACACCCGCGUCGCUGGCAGCCAGCAAUGCCGACCGCAAGCACAGCGUGUUCGUCGAGGACAUCACAAUCCCGGAGAAGUUCCGCGCAAAGCUCAAGGACUACUUCCGCAGCGGCUUCGACCGCGGCCACCAGGUGCCUGCCGCCGACGCCAAGUGGAGCCAGGAAGCCAUGGAUGACACCUUCGCGCUCAGCAAUAUGUGCCCGCAGGUCGGCGACGGCUUUAACCGCGACUACUGGGCGCACUUCGAGGACUUCUGCAGGCGCCUGACGCGCACGUAUCCCAGUGUGCGCAUUGUCACCGGGCCGCUGUACUUGCCCAAGCGCGAUGCUGACGGCAAGUGGCGCGUCUCGUAUGAGAUGAUCGGUACACCGCCUAAUGUCGCUGUGCCGACACAUUUCUACAAGGUCAUCUUCGCUGAGGACGGGAGCGUUGGGGGGAAGGUGGCGCUGGGUGCGUUUGUGCUGCCGAACGCGCGCAUCGAUAACAAGAAGCCGUUGACUGACUUCGAGGUCCCCAUCGAGGCGGUCGAGAGGGCGAGCGGGCUGGAGUUUGCGACCAAAUUGGAUCCGGCGAGGACCAAGAGGCUGUGUCAGGAAGUCAGUUGCUCUGUGAUCGUCAAGGAGUACGCGCAGAGGCAGAAGACAUUCCCCAAGGCUGCGUAA